GGAGAAGAAGAAAAAAAAAGCAGGCGACGAGCAACAGUUGUGGCCACGCUGGGCGCCGUGUUGGGUGGCGAGCGGUUCCGAAGGAGCGCGGGAUCGCGCUGGCUGGACGUGGUUUUUUUCCUCCCCGCCAGUAAAUCCGAUGCGUUUAGUGAAAAGUUGUAGCUGAAAGGACAGUACCUUGGACAUUUGUUGAAUUUUUGGAUAUGGAACAAACCUCAUUCGUAAGACGACUAUACAUUGGGGGACUUGGUCAUUCAGUUUCUGAAGAUGAACUAUAUGAAAGAUUUAGCAAGUUUGGAAAUGUUACAGAGACUGAAAUCAUUAUCCGGAAAGAUGAGCAUGGGAACCCUACCAAGACAUUUGCAUACCUUAACAUCCUCCUUUCAGAAAAAGAACUUAAAAAGUGUAUAUCGGUUUUAAAUAAGACAAAAUGGAAAGGUGGGACCCUACAAAUUGAAUUAGCAAAAGAGAGCUUCUUACACAGACUAGCACGGGAGCGGCAAGAGGCGAGUGCGACAAAGGGAAAAACAGAUUAUAAUGGUAUGACAGAUAUUCAGAAAUCUCUGAAGAAAUCUGGAGUUGUAGAUUUCCAUGUGAAAGCAGUACCAGGAACAGAAAUACCAAAUCAUAAGGACUGGGUGGUUAGUAAAUUUGGCAGAGUUUUACCUAUUCUUCACCUGAAAGAUGAACAUAAAAGCAAAAUCAUAAAAUAUGACCCUUCCAAAUAUUGCCAGAACCUUAAAAAACUAGAUCAAGAACCUAUAGAUGCAGUUCCCAUUUCGCAGCUCACUUGGCAUCUGCAAGAAGCUGACAGUAUCAUGAGCAAGAAACGGCAAGGACAAUUCCCUGAAGCUAAGAAGCCACAAAAAAAGAAAAUGAAAAUACAGAACAGUGACAGCCUAAGCAAAGUCGAAUCAAACCCAGCAAAUGUUGUCCCUGCAAAACUAAUUCAGAACUGCACCUCUAAGUCCAAGAAGCUACCUAAUCAGCACUCUUCGGGUCCAAAGCUUAAAGCUGGAACCAUAUGUUCUAGGCAUAUAAAAAGCCUGCGUGAUGAUGACAUAGAUUCAGAAGAAGAAAUCAGAGCAAUCGAAGCAAGUGAGAGAAAAAAACACAAAGGUAAUUCUAAUAUUGCGCCUGAGGAUAAUAAUAUGGAGGUCGUUAGUGAUGACUUUAAGCUGAAAUACAGUACUCAUUGGUCUCUGCAGAAAGAAAACACACAUAUAGCCCAAGCAUGCAAUGGACUAACAAGGCCUGCAGAAAACGAAUCUGAUUAUGAUUCAGCUGACACUGAUGAAAUUAUAGCUGUUACUAAAUUAUCUGAUGAAAAAGAGAGAAAUGAAUCUCUAGAGGGCUUUAAGGAAACAGAAGAGCAGAAUCAUGGUCAGCCAAAAAGAACCACCCGGGUUGCAAGUUCUCCAUUUUCUGAUUCAAAAGGGUCCAAAGCGGUUGAAGUAAAAACAGCAGAGUCUGAAAAACCAUCAGAUGCACAAGGUGCUCUCAACAGAGGCAGAUCUGAGAGUGGGACAAACUCAGAUUCGUGUUCAGACACAAGUGAGUCUGAAGGGGAUACCGAUUAUGAAUCCAUGAUGCAAAGUGGCUUUCAAUUAGAUCUUACCUUAGAAGAUUUAGAGAAAUUAGCUGAUGAAAGUAGUGAAGAUUCAGAGGAAGAUAAUGAAAUAAUUGAAAGGACCAUUCAACCACAAGCUAAUCACUGCUCAGGUAGUAAAACUGGUACUGCCCCAGAGACCCCCACAAUUCCCACCACCUCCAAAAAAUGUAUCUGCCCUGAAGAAAUACUAGCUGCCAUUUUAAAAGAAGAGAGACCGGACAAAGAUGAUUGGAAACAAAAACAGGCAAAAGUGAAUAUUCAACCUUUCAAGGGACUGGGGUCACUUAUCAAAGUACUGCCUGAGAGUGAGUUGAAUGUAAAUGUGAAUGAAAAGAAACACUCUUCUUUUGAACUUGAAGUGGAGUCUCUGAAAGGCGUUACAGAAGUGAAAUGUUCAAGUUCUGCCAGUAAGAAACCUAAGUCCAAACCACUAUCCUUGAAAGACUUGGACAUUCCCAAAGGUGGUCUUUCUAGAAAUUCAAGUGAGCAUUCUGACCACCUCCCAGACAGUAUUGGAAAGGCAGAGAAAAUAACCCACGAUGUAAGUAUUUUAUCUGAAAGUGAACCCACCAAACAUGGGAAGUCUGUUUCCAAGGGAGCAACAACUUCCAAUCUUAUACGGGAUAAAGAUUUAAAUGGCUCUCUGAAAAAUGAAAGCAGCUACUCAGCUUCUCCCAGAAAAACAAAGAAAUCGGACUACAUGGGAGUGCAACUGCAGGAUAACGAGAAAAGAUUGGCAGCAAUACAAGAGAGGAAGAAAGAAUGGGAACUCCAGAAAACAAUUAUUCAGGGAGCUCUGACCAGCCAGCAAAUUCAGUCAACAAACAAACAGAAGCACAUCGUGUUUGAUUCAGAUAAUGAAAACGAAGUACAAGAGCAUGCUGAAGAAGAAUCUUCAGGAAAGAUCCCAGUAAAGGAAUUCACCCCCAAAACAUCUGGGAAGCUGUUUGAGAGCAGUGAUGAAGAAUCAGACACUGAAGCUGAUGAAAACGAUCGGUUCAAAAUCAAACCUCAGUUUGAGGGCAAAGCUGGAGAGAAGCUUAUGCAUUUACAAUCACAUUUUGGCACAGAUGAAAGAUUUCGUAUGGAUACUCGUUUCCUUGAAAGUGAUAGUGACCAGGAAGAGAAAUCAAAGAAAUCGGUAACAGAGGAAGAAGAGGAACUUUCUUUAGAAAAGAAGAAGAAUCUUGAGAUCUUGAAAAAUCUUCUACAUAUUGAUAUAGACCCUCCCAAACGUAGGAAGCUAGCUACGGAAGGCCAGAAAUUCAGAGAUAUGAAUACCUUACGCUAUGACCCCACGAGGCAAGAUCAUGCAGUGUUGGAAAAAAAGCCAGCUAAUACUGAAAAAGAGAGUAAAGCUAAAAAGAAGAAGAAAAAAGAAGAAGCUCAGAAACUGCCUGAGGUGUCUAAAGAUACAUUUUACAACGUUGCAGUGGACUUAAAAGAAGCACUUGCAUCUACAAAACAGGAUGAAAAAACGGAAAUAAUACCAUGGGAUCAACAUGAUGCUGCUGAACAAACCCCUUCAACUGAUAUACCAAAAUUCAAUAAUGAAAAACAAGAAGGAAACAAGGGUUUUACUUUUUCCUUUUUUGGUGAUGAAACGGCAAGAUCACCUAUUAAAGAAGAUCCAUACAUAAUUGAAAUAUUAAAACCUUCAAGAGUGGCCUGGCAAGAAGAUUCCCGUUUUCAGGAUAGUAGUUCAGAAGACGAAGGAUCAGAAGCAGCUGAAGUACAAGAUGUCAAAGAAAGUUCUCCAGCUGAAGUACAUUCAAAUAUUAGAUUUUUCUUCUUCUCACAAGACGAUGACAGAUUAAAAGAGGGCCCCAAGCUAUUCUAUAAAGCUUCAGAUCUUGAUGAAGAAACAGAGGAUUGGGAAAGCAGGCGCCAAAUAUUGCUUGAGGAUUGUCGGAAGAAACAUAAAGAUGCAAGAAGGAAAGUUAAAGCAAAACAUUAACUACAGAAGAUCUCCUAAAGAAGGAAGAUUCAGAAUGUUGAAUAUACUUUGACUGAAUCGUGGGAUAAUGGAAACCAUUGAGAAAAUUCAUCUACGGCUAGCUUGGAAGUAUAAAUUAGUGCUGAAUAAACAACUUUGUGAAAUCAGAAUAGAUUGUUAGUUCCAAAGUUUCUAAAGCUUACAUUUCCAUUAUCCAGUAUGAACAUGUUUAUUAUUAAAAUUCUAAAUUAUCAUAGGCAACGGUCUUCACAAUUAGCAUUUAUAUUUAUUGCCUGUCUUUUAUAAUCCUCAUUUCAUACAUAUUUCAAAAGACAACAUUUAGGAUUUAAUAUGCACGUAGGUUCUUUGCAAGGGUGGGUUCUACUUACCUUUACUACCAGUUCGCAUCGUGCCCAUGCAACUCUUUUGCGCAUGCGCAGAAGCUUCUAUGCAUGCACAGAUAACUUUUGAUGACAUCCAGGCCAGUGGGUGGAGCCUCCCGCCAGUUUUACUACCAGUUCUAUAGAACUGCUCCGAACCAGGGGCAACCCACCACUGGUUCUUUGCCAAAAAAGCAACAUUUGAUGGACAUUAAUAUAAUUUGUUCUCUUAUCUAGCCAAGACUAAGUGUAGAACAAGGGAGGCAAGGAUCAAAUACAAUGUUUUGAGAUAGUGACUGAAUAUUAAAUUUAUAUAAUAAAGUGCAAUGAAGGCAGGCAGUUUUUGUGUAUAGAAUUACGUAUUUACUCAAUAUAGUCAGUUUAAAUUAUACAAAAAUGUUUGUUACUGUUUAUGUUAAUAUGAGAUUUCUUUUGUACCUUGAAAGAUUGAAUCCAGGCCAUUGGGAAAGGAGGAGUUGGAAAAGUUAUUUCCCUGGAAGCUCUUUUCAUAAUGGUGUAUAUUGUAAUGGUGCACAUAAUAAAUCCCUGGAUGAUUUUAAUAUAGCAAAAAGUUAAUGAUUGAAAAAUAAAAUUGCAAAUUGCAUUGUUUCUAUUUGAAAAUGGUAUCAAAAAUAUAGAAUAUGUAAAUGAUUGAACAUCCUUAUGGAAUACAAUUUUUUAAAAAAAAUUUAGUCUCUUUGUGGAAUGUUGCUUUUGGAUAAAGAAUCAUCAAGCAGUGUAGGCUUCUUUUACUUCCAACUUGUAUCAUAGAUAUAAAUUGCCAUAUUCUUGUUUUUCAGUACAAUAAUGAUGGUAUGUUUGAAGUCUUUGCUAAAAGAGCCAUUUGAGGCACAGGAGAAGAAAUAUUGAACUUAAAGACUAUUUGAAGAAACUGACUUGAGGCUAGAGAUCUUGAACUGCUUAAAGUGCUUAGAAAAGAAUGGAUUUUCUAUCAGCUAUAAACUCUUAUAGGAAUUGAAAUCCAGGAAGCAAUCUUUAAGUUUAAAACAUAGGAUUAAUAAAUGCUGAAUUUUCAGAAACCGAAGCUUGCUGUAUGAUCUUUGAU